AUGCCACAAAACGAAUCUUACUCUCCCCCUGCGGGACUUCCACCUUCACGACGACCUGAUCCUAAUAACGAUCAAUACCAGUAUGCCCCUCCAUCCGGUCCCCCACCUUCACACGAAUAUGCACCUCAUUCAGGUCCACCACCACAGCAAGCUCAAGCACCGUAUCAUGACUGGCAGACUGCAGUCCCCGAUACUUCACUUCUUCCACCUCCUCCUUCUAUGGGCUAUCAACAAAGCGACGCAAAUAAUGCUAGCGAAGAAGAAGCAUUGCAGGGAAAAGAAUGGUGUGAACAGAAUCCUUUGACACCACCUGUACAGUUCCCGCAAGCUGCUCUGGAAGCACUUGAUGCCGGAAACAUCGGUGUCAUCAAACCAAGGUCUUACAAUGGGGAUCUUUCACGUCUGCGACAGGGUGUUUGGGCUGGAAAGACAAAGUCAAAUAGCAAGGACUCAUGCAUUAUUUCUACGCUUCCGCUGUACUCCGUGUACGCGCAUUCGCCUUUACAAAACGAAAUUGGCAAGACUAUAUACUAUGAGGUCAAAAUAUCAAAUAGAUAUCGUGGGGACAUCACAUUGGGAUUAGGAUUUGUAGCACAAGCAUAUCCGACAUUCCGAUUACCUGGUUGGCACCGAGGGGCAUUGGGUGUUCAUGGAGAUGAUGGGCACAAAUAUAUCAAUGAUCUAUGGGGUGGUAAAGAUUUUACCAAUAAAUUCCAAGCCGGCCAGACGCUCGGAAUAGGAAUGACGUUCACUCCACGAAAUGUUGAUAAUCCUCCUGCAUAUGAUGCUGGACCUGUACAAACCACAGCUCAAACUCCUAUUGAUGUUGAGAUAUUCUUCACUAGAGAUGGCAAGAAGGAUGGCGCUUGGAAUCUGCAUGAAGAGGGUGAUGCUGUAGAAGAUCUCCCUGUUACAGGAUUGGAAGGUAUGCAUGACUUAUAUGCCGCGGUAGGAACAUUCGACAAUGUCGAGUUUGAAAUCAUAUUUAAUGAAAGGGAAUGGAUGUAUCAUCCAUAA